UGUUAAAGGAACAGAUGAGUGUAAUUAAACCAUCAAGUCCAGAAGAAAUGAAUAUAGAUAUCAUUAUUAAUGAAGCCAACAAAGGCAGCAAAAAGAUGUUGUCUUUUGGAGAUAUUGCUGUGCCAGUUGGUCGCAAUGCCAAAAAAUGUGAUGGUGGUGAUUACUGUAGAUGGAACAAAAACAGCAGUGGGAUAGUGAAUGUGCCAUAUACCCUCUCCUCUAAUUAUGAUUAUGUAGAGGUGUCAGUUAUUCUUAGGGCCAUGCAAGAUUUUGAGACUCUGACUUGUGUUCGCUUUAUUCCUCGCAGUGAGGAACCUGACUACCUGAAAAUCACGCCUUCCUCUGGCUGCUGGUCCUAUAUUGGAAAGAUUGGAGGAGCACAGGAUUUGUCUUUGCAAAAUUGUAUAUGGAAAGGGUCUGUCCAACAUGAGCUGAAUCAUGCCCUUGGAUUCCACCAUGAGCAAUGCAGGAGCGACCGGGAUAAUUACAUAGAAAUUGUUACUCAGAAUAUUGCCCCAGAUCAUUUAGGAAACUUUGCGAAAAAGGACACUAAUAAUUUGGAAAUUGAGUAUGAUUACUCAUCUGUGAUGCACUACAGCAUGACUGCUUUUUCUAAACAAGAUGGAAUAGUUACCAUUGUCCCAAAACCAAACCCAGCUGUGACUAUUGGACAGAGAUAUGGACUCAGCAACUUGGAUAUUUCCAAAAUAAAUAGACUGUACCAGUGUGGAACCUGUAGCACCCUCCUUCCAGAUUCUACAGGAACACUAAUGUCUGCUAAUUACCCAAAUAAUUACCCAAAUAAUGCUAGCUGUGUGUGGCUCAUCCGAGCCCCCUCUAACAAGGUUUUCAUACAGUUCAGUGCAUUUGAUGUCCAGGCUUCACCAAACUGUUCCUCGGAUUACCUGAAAGUUUAUGAUGGCGCCAACAGAUCCUCCCCGGUACUUCUGGACAGAUCCUGCGGCACUGGGCAGCUCCCCUCCUUUGUGGCCUCUUCAAACACAAUGCUACUGGAGCUUGUCAAUGACAAAACAAUAGCAGCAACUGGCUUCAAGGCCUCAUACACCACUGUGAAAUGCGGUUCCACAUUUACAAAUCCUUCUGGUGUCAUCUCCACUCCCAGCUACCCCUCAAAUUACCCGCCUCUCAUGGACUGCACUUGGAUAAUCACAGCUCCAGCUGGAUUUGUGAUAUCAUUAAAUAUGGCUGAUUUUCAAAUUGAGCAACAGCGCACCUGUGCCUAUGACUAUGUGCUUAUUUUCAAUGGUCCAAAACUCACAUCACCUGAAAUAGGAAGAUACUGUGGAUCUUCAACCAUUCCUAGUAUUGUCUCAUCUGGGAAUUCCCUUCUUCUUCAGUUCCACAGUGAUGAUUCUGUACAGACCAAAGGGUUCAUUGCCAAAUAUGCCUUUGGUGGAUUUGAUUCCAGCAAUAUUGCUCUUUUAGACAGCGUGGAUAACUUGAAUACACAUUUCUAA